AUGGAAAGAAACCUCGCCCUCCUGUUUUCCCAAACGAACGUCCUGUCUUCGGCCAUCGCCGACAGCUCGUACCAUGGAUCCGUCCUGCCCCAACUUCGCGUCUCCGGCGAGCCGUUACAGCUGAGCGUCUUCGAAGAGGAGCAAAUAAAAGACAUCGUUUUCCCCGCCGAUCUUCGCUUCUCGGUGCCAGUCAAUCUUCGCGACUCCAAGAAGGCCUACCUGACGCUACUCGAAAGCGAAGAAGACGUGGAUGAAGACGACGCCGGGGGAAUUUUGCAGAGCUGGGGUCUGGCGAAUCUGUAUACGGGACCGGGACCUCCCUCCCCGACACCUAAAGAAAGCGACACCGCAGCCGACGAUGAGACCACGACGGAACGAAGAGCCGAGACAUGA